GGGCGGCGCCGGGCAGCCCCCUCCUUAGUGCGCCAGCGAGGUCCCGGGGGUUGCAGGUCCCAGAGGUUGGGGGUCCGCGGGGUUGGGGGCUCCGAGGUCCGGCGGCUCCGAGGUCCCAGCAGCGGGGCGAGCAGAGUCGCGGCGCCCACCGAGGCGGCAAGGCAGCCCUCCGCCCCCCUCCCCGGCCGAGCCAGCCCCACCAUGAAAGCCAUCAGCCCGGUGCGGUCCGUGCGGAGCUGCUACGAGGCCGUGUGCUGCCUCUCGGACCAGAGCCUGGCCAUCGCCCGGGGCAGCAGCAACAAGAGCCCGGCGCUGGAGGAGCCCAUGAACCUGCUCUACGACAUGAACGACUGCUACUCCAAGCUGCGGGAGCUGGUGCCGGGCAUCCCGCAAGGCACCAAGAUGAGCCAGGUGGAGAUCCUCCAGCACGUCAUCGACUACAUCUUCGACCUGCAGAUCGUGCUGGAGGAAGAGGCCAAGGGCCGCGACCCUUCCUCCGAGGCCACCCUGCUCUCCCUCAAGGCAGCCGAGCUCGCCUCUGAACUCUGCUCCAAAGACGAGAGAAGUUUGUGUCACUAACGCCUCCUCCACCAGCAAACACGCAGCGAGUGUCGGUUCCUGAUUCGUUAUCAGCCGGAGGUAAAUAGCAGCUUCCUCUGCGGCGCCAGCCUGUCUGCGGACCUGCCUCUGAUGUGCCGGCGGAGUGACAGGGCCCUUUCUGUCCCCGCGUCCCCCCCGCCGCCGCCGCCCGCCCGCCCGCAGGUGCGGGCUGGCCCCGCUCGGCCCCCCGCGGCCCGGGCCGCCCCGUCGGGGGGGGCCCCGCGGCCCCCCCCCCCCCCCCCCGCAGGCGCCCGCCGGGGGCGAGGCGCUCCUGGCCGCCCGCUUGCACCAUCCUCGGGCUCUCUUCCUCCUCCUCCUCCUCUUCCUCGGCUCCAGUUUUACCUCCCAAGGAGCUGCCAGCGCUGCCCACUCCGAAGCGCGGGGCCGCCGCCUCCCUCCUCCGAGCGCCGAGUCUGGAGCGUCGCUAGUAAAAUCCCGGCUUUAUUAGGACUUAAAACCAGAACGAAUAUAAACGAGACACUUUUUUUUUUCUAACCGAUAGACUGGUGAAGAUGCAGUUGUCUGUAUAUUUUUGGAUUAUAGUGAUCGAGUUCUUUUUAAAGGUGUUUAAGGGGAGGGGGGUGUGGGGAGGGGGGGCAUCCUCGAAUACAAACCAAACUCUGGGGCCGCGGCCUCGUGUAUUGUGGAGCUCUAUACUAGAGUAUAACGUUUGUACCUUUUGCAGGAAGGUGAAUUUCUGCCGACAUGCCUUGUACUUGCUUUAUAAACUUUUUAUAAAAGUUAAAUUUUUACAUAAUAAAACAAAGGUCGUUUCGAA